CUACAGAGAACCAAAUAGAUCAUAUUUGCAUCAACAAAAAAUUCCGAAGGACAAUGGAAGAUGUGAGAAUCAGGAGAGGUGCUGACGUAGCUUCAGAUCACCACCUAGUUGUAGCCAAUUUAAAAUUGAAGCUAAAAAAGAACUGGUCAAGUGGACAAACAGCACUACAAAGGUUCAAUACAGCCUUCCUUCGAGAUACUGACAAACUCAAUGAAUUCAAGAUAGCUCUCAACAACAGGUUCCAAGCCUUACAAGAUCUACUGAAAGAAGAAGAAACUAGUAUGGAGGACAACUGGAAAGGCAUCAAGGAAGCAUUGACUUCAACAUGUCAAGAGGUUCUAGGUCUAAAGAAAUACCAUCAUAAGGAAUGGAUCUCUACAGAAACACUGGACAAGAUCAAAGAUAGGAAGAACAAGAAGGCAGCAAUGAACAACAGCCGAACACGAGCAGAGAAAGUCCAAGCACAAGCGGAAUACAUGGAAGCAAACAAGCAAGUGAAGAAAAGCAUUAGAGCCGACAAGAAGAAAUACGUGGAAGAAUUAGCAACGACGGCGGAAAAAUCUGCUAGAGAAGGAAAUAUGAAACAGCUUCACGAUGCGACGAAGAAACUAGCAGGGAAAAAUAGUAAAACAGAGAGGCCAGUCAAAGACAAAGAAGGUAAGCCAAUCACCGAAAUUCAACAACAGCGGAACAGAUGGGUAGAAUACUUCGAGGAACUCCUGAAUAGGCCGGCUCCAAUGAAUCCACCGGACAUCGAAGCAGCACACACAGAUCUUCUAUAGAUGUCAACUCACCAACGACGGGAGAAAUCAGAAUGGCCAUCAGACAAAUCAAGAACGAGAAAGCAGCAGGACCCGACAACAUACCAGCUGAAGCACUGAAAUCAGACAUCGAAGCAACCACAAGCAUGCUUUAUCUUCUAUUCAAAAAGAUUUGGGAGGAGGAACAAGUGCCAAUGGACUGGAAAGAAGGACACCUCGUCAAGAUUCCAAAGAAAGGUGAUCUGAGCAAAUGUGAAAACUACAGAGGCAUUACACUACUGUCAAUACCAGGGAAAGUCUUCAACAGAGUUUUGCUGAACCGGAUGAAAGAUGCAGUAGACGCCCAACUUCGAGAUCAACAAGCUGGAUUCCGUAAGGAUCGGUCGUGCACAAACCAAAUUGCAACACUACGGAUCAUCGUUGAACAACCAGUUGAGUGGAACUCAUCACUAUACAUCAAAUUCAUUGAUUAUGAAAAGGCAUUCGUCAGUGUAGAUAGGACAUUAUGGAAACUUC